CGUUGUGCCACUGUACAAUUUCCAAUGGAAAGUGUUGUUUCACUCAGACUUUUAUUUUGAAAAUUGCUGGCGCUCGUUGCAGCCUUCACACAAGCACUGCUGUUCACACGUGGAGUUAUGUCUAAAGCAAAACAAAAGCGAGCGAAACGUCUGGGGUUUUGCGGCAAAAAGCCCAAGGAUGGACAGCAGUCUCAAGGAGGAAAGAAGGAUCCUGGCGUACCUAAUGUGCGCCGCUUUAAAGAUCACAGUCAGAGACAAGCUGAACUCCGAAAACAGAGGUUGGAGGAGCAACAGGAGAGGCAGAGGUUGUCAAGAGAAAAGGAAAUGAUGAAAAGGAGAAGUCUGGACAGUUUUCAGAAAGACAUCCAGUUGCGGCAAAAGGAGUUUGAACAGAGGGAAGGUCAAAUGCAAGAUUUGGAAAAGCAUGUCAACUUUGAGACCGAGAACUCAAGAAAAGCAUACUGCAGAGAAUUUAAAAAGGUAAUAGAGGCAGCAGAUGUUAUUUUAGAGGUUCUGGAUGCCAGAGACCCCUUAGGCUGCCGCUGUCCACAGGUUGAACAGGCUGUCGUCCAAAGUGGAACCAACAAGAAAAUUAUCCUUGUUCUAAAUAAAAUUGAUUUGGUUUCCAAAGAAAUUGUGGAAAAAUGGAUUAAGUAUCUUCGCAAUGAGUUUCCUACUGUGGCUUUCAAAUCAUCCACUCAGCAGCAGAACAAAAAUUUGAAACGCAGUCGUGUGCCUGUGACCCAAGCUACUCAAGAACUGCUUGAGAGCAGUGCAUGUGUCGGUGCAGAUUGUUUAAUGAAACUAUUAGGAAACUACUGCCGUAACCAAGAUAUAAGAACUGCCAUAUCUGUAGGAGUGGUUGGUUUUCCGAAUGUGGGGAAAAGCAGUUUAAUUAACAGCUUGAAGCGUUCUCGUGCCUGUAAUGUUGGAGCUACACCUGGAGUUACUAAGUGUUUACAGGAAGUCCAUUUAGACAAACACAUCAAACUUUUAGAUUGCCCUGGUAUUGUCAUGGCAACCUCAACCAGUGAUGCUGCCAUGAUCCUUCGCAACUGUGUCAAGAUUGAACAGCUGGUGGACCCAGUUCCUCCUGUUGAAGCCAUAUUGAGGCGCUGCAAUAAAGCGCAGAUUAUGGAUCAUUAUGGAAUCCCAGACUUCCAGACGGCACAUGAGUUCCUGGCCUUACUUGCCCGUCGUCAAGGCAAGCUGAAGAAAGGAGGGCUGCCUGACACUGACAAAGCUGCCAAAAGUGUUCUUAUGGAUUGGACAGGGGGUCGUAUUAGCUACUUCACACAUCCUCCUGAGACGCACACGCUGCCCACGCAUGUCAAUGCUGAGAUUGUAGCUGAGAUGGGUAAAGCGUUUGACUGGGAUGAGCUGGAGAAGGGCAAUCUGGAGGCACUUGCUGAAUGUGGCACAUCUGAUGUACAGAUGGGUUUCUGUAUGGCUACAUCGGGAUUGACACAAGGAGGUCAAGUAGUAGAGCUAGCAGAACAGCAAAUGAACGACCCAUCAGAGGACCUUGAACCUCCAGACAUGAUUGAAUCAAUGGAUGCAGAUGAGGACCCAGAGGUAUUAUGCAGUUAUUAGCCAUUCAGAGUGCAA